CGCGGGUCGCGUCGUUCCUAGCCUCCGUCGUGGUGCACGCCGCGGCGCUGUACGCCUUCUACAGGCUAGGCGACGGCGCGUCCAGCACGUUCGCGGACAUGUUGACGGCGGAGCAGGCGGUGAAGAGGGUCGGGACCAUCGGCGUGGUGCUCCUCGCGGUGCUCUCGGGGUUCGGGGCUGUCAACUUUCCGUACACCACGCUGAGCCUCUUCGCGCGGCACGUGGGCGACGCCGAGACGGCGGCGCUGGAACGCAGGCUGGUGCAGGCGACGGAGACUGUCGUGCAACGGAAGAAGAAGGAGGUGUUGCUGCGCAUCGAGCUCAGGGAGGCGAGUGGGAACGACCGCGUUUUGUCAGGGGGCGACGCGGGCCAGGCGGCUACGUGGGGAGGAUACCUCGGGGGGUUGUGGCGACGCAGGCCGGGUCGCGCGAGCGGACUCGUCCAGAGGCUGGCUCUGCUCGAGUCGGAGAUUCAGGCCAUGGAGCAGGUGUGCAGGUCGCUCUUCUCCGAGCUGCACGAGGUCAAGACGGCGCGUGGGCGGGCGGUGGAGUCCAGGACCGCGUGGGGUAAGGUGAAGAACGCCGCGGGCAUCGCGAUGGCGGCGGUUUGCGCGUGGCGGGUGGUGACCGGUUUGUACCACCUCGUGUUCAAACGGCAGCUGCGGACGGAUCCGAUCACCGCCGCCCUGUCGGUGCUCAUCACCACAAAGACCAAGGUGGACUACGUGGACCCCAAGGUUCUCAGCCAGUACCUGUCCCUGCUGUUCAUCGGGUUCCUCGUGGCCAACUCGAUGCGAAACUUUGUGUACGCGCUGAACCGGCUCUUCUUCGCCGUGGGCGGCGGCGGCGGGGGAACGUCCACGUUUUUGGUGCUGUUCGUCGCUGAGAUGCAGGGCCUGUACUUUUUGUCCUCGGUGCUGCUCAUACGAAACUCGCUGCCGGACAGGUACAGGGGAUUCAUCGACGAGGCCAUGGGCGCGGACAACCUGGAGUUCUCCUUUUACCAGAACUUCUACGACUUGAUCUUCUUGACGUCUAGUUUGCUCACUUGCAUGCUCCUGUGGGCUUCGCGUUCGGUGGCUAGCGGAGGUGAGCACGGCGGCGGUUCCAAGUACGACGUGUCGCACAGGACCAGUCUGCUCUGCGGGGUUGGGGCCACGACGGAUGAGGACCUGCAGAUUAAGCAAAAGAUAUAGCCCUUUUUGAUCAAGCGACAACCGCG